AUGCAGUUCACCUCCACCAUCGUCGCCGCCAUCAUGGCCUCAGUUGCCGUUGCUCAGAUCUCGCUUGAGAACGUUGCCUCUUUCGAGGCCUACGCCAACGCCGACUGCGCGCCCCAAGCUCUGCAGCAGCAGAACAUCCACAGCAACGAAUGUGUAUUCCUGCCCUUGCAGAGUGCCCGCGUCUUCUUCUUGGAGAAGACUCGUGCCAACUGCCGCCGUGAGUCGCGACAACGUUUAUUGUGA